AUGGAAGCUUGGCCUUCAAUCGGCAAUCGGACAACACCAAUCGACAAUCCGACUGUCCAUCCAAACACAGCGAACACGACGCCAAAUCCAGCGUCAAAUGCUUCUGCUACGACGGGCAAUUUGAACAAUGGCGAGGUAACUUUCGAUCCCCAAUCUCAGUCCAACCCUUACUACCUUCAUAUAAACGAAAAUCCAGCUUUAGAACUGGUAUCAAUACCUCUUGAUGGCCCGAACUACCACUCCUGGGCUAGGGCAAUGACAAUGGCCCUGUCUUGCAAGAAUAAGGUUCCCUUUAUCAAUGGGAGCAUCACAAAACCUUCCGCAGAGAAUUUGGAUAGAUACCUUGCCUGGGAGAGAUGCAACAACAUUGUUGCCACUUGGAUUGUUCGCACACUCUCUCCUACUAUUGCUCGUAGCGUUUUAUGGAUCGAUACCGCUUAUGGAAUCUGGAAUGAUCUUAGAAGAAGAUUUAGCCAACAAGACUUAUUUCGAAUUGCAGAAAUUAAGUGUGAAAUUUAUCAAACUAAACAAGGGGACAAUUGUCUAAAUGAGUACUUCACUAGGCAAAAACUUUUGUGGGAUGAACUGAGCAUCCUUAGGCCACUGAUAAGCUGUGCGUGUAAUAUCAAAUGUGAAUGUGGCAAGAAGAUUGAUGAGCUAAAUGAACAGAUGGAGAAGGAUAAACUGUCUAUUUUUCUGAUUGGCCUACAUGAGAAGUACACAGGAGCCAGGAAUCAGAUUAUGUUGAUGAGGCCCUUACCAGAUGUGAAUGAGGCCUAUUCGAUGAUUGCACAGCAAGAGAGACAGUUUCACAUGGCCAACAAUGGUUUUGGGAGCCAAUUGUAUCAGGCAGGAGAAAGUAACAUCACAGGCAGUACCUUCUUGGCCAAAACAGAUGGAAAUUAUCAGCAGGGGUUUAAGAAGACCUCAGCCAGUAAUAAAAGGCCAGUAUGCACCUACUGUGGAUAUACAGGACACACACAAGAUAAAUGCUACAAGAAACAUGGGUAUCCCCCAGGGUGGAAGCCUAGACCAAGAAGUCAAGGCUCAAUCAAUCAGACCCAAGGUCCAUCAUCAACUCAGCAGUCUUGCAACUCUGAUGGUGGAAUGCCCUUUACUCAAGAUGAUGUUAAGAGAUUCUUGGAGUUCAUGCAUGCUAAUAAACCGGCUGGGGAGAAUCUGAAUUCACCCCUUGAUCACCAUCAUCAACAAACCUCACCAGCAUUUGUCAGUACUGUGGCAGCUGAAUUCCAGAAUGAAGGUAUUAUCCCCUCAGUUAAUUCUGUUAAGACUGGUAUUUCAGAUUGGAUUGUUGAUAGUGGUGCAAAUUGGUCAAGUCCUUGUAUGGAUUGA